AAAAAUUACAUUCAAAAUUCAAAAACUUUCGCACGUCGGUCAUCGUGUUGUUUUGUUUUCCUUUAUUUUAAUUUAUUGAAACAGUUGAAUAUAGAUUUGUGGAUUUAGGUUCUAAUUCAAGUUCACCUCUUUCUUUCUUCAAUGGUAAAUCUGACAAUGAAUCCUUCACUGCACGUAGAAAUUGUGAAGAAACCUCACAGCACAGCUAAUGACACUUACAUCAUAGGCUUAGUUAAUUCCUAUCUCCUGAACUUUUUAUCCCUAACGCCUGGUGCUACGUUAAAAGGCUUUGAAAACUACCCUGACAUAGAGGAACAUGUAAACUCUGUUACGAUCUGCGAUGUUGACUACAAAACACCCGUGCAGAUGUCGAAGACAAAACUGGUGUAUCAUUGCUACACGUUGGACGCCCUGGGCCCAGAAACCGAUACGAUAACCGACGGAACAUCAGGAGAGGAGCUCCCGUCAGCCGAGAUGUGGUCAUUACCGUGUGAAGAAUUCGACGGCCUUUGGGCGAGUCUUAUUUACGAUACUAAAGUUAAAGAAGACACAUUGAGGUUUGUUGAGACUGCAUUCGAGUUCUCGGACCGGCGCGUGGACACGAACCUCAUCAGCUGCAACCGCGUGGUGCUGCUGCACGGGCCGCCCGGCACCGGCAAGACCAGCCUGUGCAAGGCGCUGGCGCAGAAGCUCGCCAUCCGCAUGCGCGACCGCUUCCCGCGCGCGCGCCUGCUCGAGAUCAACAGCCACAGCCUCUUUUCCAAAUGGUUCUCGGAGAGUGGUAAACUAGUCUUCAAGCUGUUUGACAAGAUCCUUGAGAUAGUUGAAGAUACGGAGCUUCUGGCUUGUGUGCUGAUAGAUGAAGUUGAGUCCCUGACUCAUGCUCGCAAAGCUGCUCUUUCAGGGCUUGAGCCAUCAGAUUCCUUACGAGUAGUGAAUGCUAUACUUACUCAGUUGGAUCGGAUCCGGAGGCAUCCAAAUGUUUUGGUUUUGACAACAUCCAAUGUGACAGAAGCCAUUGAUGUUGCAUUUGUAGAUCGGGCUGAUAUAAAGAGAUAUGUCGGCCCUCCAUCUCAGUAUGCAGCCUUUGAGAUCCUAAGAGGAUGCUGUGAGGAAUUAAUGACAAGAAAUAUAGUGUACCCACAUGAAAGAUUGUUUGAUAUGAAGGUUCUAAAAGACAGCAACUUCCCGGAGAGUGAUGCGGCGAGCCCCAGCUACCUGCUCAUGGAGAUAGCGAAGGAGGCUGCUAACUCAGAGUUCAGUGCCCGCUCCCUGCGCCGCCUGCCCUUCCUGGCCCGAGCUCUGUAUUCACAUGACAAACCCAACUUGACAGAGUUUCUUCAUGCAUUAAAAAUGGCGUUGGAGCAGUACCAGUUUGAUACUACAGCUUUUAACAGUAAAGACAAAAGUGAUAAAGAAAACCAAGCCCCUAUAACAAAUGGACACUGAUGAAUUAAUUUUUAUAUAUUUUCUUUUGUGAUUUCUAGUUAUAAGUACCUAAAUGAUAUUUUUUGGAUGUAAUAAAAUACUUGUAUGAGUAAUAGUAUUUUUAUUGACUGAAUGGAAGCUACAGUACUCUUAGGACUUAUUUAUCAUUAGUUAUUAGAAAUACAUUAUAUUUACAUAACUACAAAAUUUACUUAGUGCUCUAAUGUAAUAAAAACAUUAUUAGCAGAAAACCAAAAAUACACACAUGAAUUAUUGUAGGAAUUGUGUAUUAUCUUCAUCGCCAAUUUCACAAUAAUAAAAAAACAAAGGUUAUAUUUAAAGGGUUCUUAAGUUUAGCUCCAAACAUAAACACAGCAUUAUUAUAAUAACUAUUUACAAUAUUUUUAUUGACAAACCUUAUCACAUUUUGCAAAUUUUAAUUCCAACCCAACAUUUUGGAAAUAGGGUGAGAACUAUAAUGUGAUACUAUAAAAACAUAGGUAUCGUGUAAAUAUUAAUUCCCGUCUGAUAUUGUGCCAUUUGCAUAUAUUCGCGGUGACAAUAAUGGCUCUUGCAUCGGUUCUAUUGCGUAUCUUAUCCUAAAGCUAGGUUUUUGGUUCACAAGUAUCAAACUGUGAUGAUAACUACAAUUUUACAGGGGUUACAAUUUAUUUUGUAAGGUCUUGCAACAACUAAUAAGUAAAUCUCUGCAAAAAGAUCACAUAACCUGUAGAUCUAGCAAUUCUCUCAAAAGUUCCUCACCAUAUCGGGUUAAGCAGCAGAUCAUAAA